CACUUAACCUGUUUCCUCAUAUGUAAAAUGAGAAUAAUGAAUACUGUCUGCAACACCCUAUUUUCCCUCCUCCAAAUGUCCUGUGUAUUUUGCACUAGUAUCCAGAAAUCUGCCUUGGCCAGACCUAAUAUAAGCCUUGUCUGGGCCUCUUCCUCGGAACUGAAGUCUCCAACUCAGAGUUUUCUCUUUCACUGCAGGGUAGGAAAUACCACUUGGUCCCUUUGCCGGUUGCCAAUGUUCCAGCUGACAGCCACCCCAGCAAGUGCCCUCGUGGAUGAGCCCGUGCACAUCCGAGUGACAGGCCUGCCCCCACUGCAGACGGUGACACUCAUGGCAUCUAUGAAGGAUGAGAAGGGGAAUCUGUACCAGUCCAGAGCCUUCUACAGGGCCAGCAAGGCUGGUGAGCUGGACCUGAAGCAGGCUCCUGCCUUGGGCGGCCACUACGUGGGGGUCCACCCUAUGGGCCUCUUCUGGUCUCUGAAGCCUGAGAAGGCUUUUGAGAGGCAGAUCAAGAAAGAUGUGAUGAACAGCCCCUUUUGGAUCACUCUGGAGCUAUAUGACUCCGUUUAUUUACAAAAGUCAGGGGAGGUUCAGCCCAGGGCCAGCCAGGUGGUGCAGCGUUGGUUCUCCAGCCCUCAGAUGCAGCGGGUGCAGGUCCAAGAAGGUCGUGUGCGAGGAGCCCUUUUCCUCCCUCCAGGGGCAGGCCCUUUCCCAGGACUCAUUGAUUUGUUUGGGGGCAUCGGGGGUCUAGUUGAGUAUCGGGCCAGUCUUCUGGCUGCCCACGGCUUUGCAGUGCUGGCCUUAGCAUAUUUUGCCUACGCAGACCUGCCCAAGCAGUUGCAGGAGGUGGACCUGGAAUAUUUUGAGGAAGCUGCCAACUUGCUACUAGCUCAUCCCAAGAUCCAAAAGCCAGGAAUUGGAGUGAUCUCUGUGAGCAAAGGUGCAGAGAUCGGGCUGGCCAUGGCCUGCUACCUGAAGGAGGUGGCAGCCACUGUCUGCAUCAAUGGGUGCAAUGCCAUCUUUGAAUUUCCGCUCAAGUACCGGGAUCUGGUUAUAACACCCAUCCCCUCGUUGCCGGAGCGCAUGGAGUUCAACAUCAUGGGCGCUUUGUGCCUCCGUCACUACAAGGGGAACCCCCGAGAUGCACUGAAUCAACACAGUGUGCUUCCUAUUGAAAAGGCCCAGGGUGCAAUCCUCUUCGUUAUAGGGGAGGAUGACGAAUGCUUCAAUAGCAGAGAGUACGCUGAGCAAGCCCUGGACCAGCUGCGGAGGCACGGCAGAAGCAACGGAAGGAUGCUGCUCUACCCCGGGGCGGGCCACCUCAUAGAGCCGCCCUAUUUGCCCCUGUGCUAUGCGUCCUGGAGCCGCGGCCUCUUCUGCCCCCUGCUUUGGGGGGGGGACCCUGUGGGCCACGCGGCAGCCCAGGAGCACGCCUGGGGAGAGAUCCAGAAAUUCUUCAGGCAACACCUUGUUCAGAGCAGAAGCACACUCUAAGGGUGAUGAUAGGGGAGGAGAAACAAAAAAAUUGGAUAAGGCAGGGAUGUGGGUGGGGGAGGGGACUCUUGAUUUCUCUAGAUUCACAGUCAUCUUGAAUCAACUGGAAGGAAAUUGGACAAAGUCAAAGAAUCAGGUGCAUCUGAAAUAUUUCUGACAAAAUUGUAUGUGCUUUGAAUUUUUGUAAAGUGAAUCUUGGUUUAUAUGCACCAGGUACGUUGCUAUUUCAAAAUUGUGAUACCCUUGCAAAUUGAAUAACCUUUUGUACCCCGGUAAGGGAAACCUUGGAUCCAGGUAUUGCCAAUCUAGAUGAAUGUUCUGGAACUUUGAAGUCACUUAUGAAAUCAUUUUCUGUUUAAACCAUUGUGGGUUGAAUUUGACAUUUGAUAUGAAAAGUUCCUGAUGCCACCAUCAAGGGUAAUCCUUGCUAGAGAUUUCCAGUAGAUACGUUAAUUCUUUUUUAGAAUAGUGAUGCUUCUUUUUAUUCCUAAAAUAUAUUUCUUUUUUAUAAUUUUAAUCAGGAGUGGGGCUAAAUGCUCAAGUGCCUUUGGAGCAUUUAGUGAAAUUAAAUGAGCUAUAUUUAAAGUGAUUAGAAGAGAGCCGGGCACAUAGCAAUUUCUAUAUCAGAGUUAGCUAUUAUCAUUUUCAUGAUGCUUUUCUCCUAUAAUCUGUUAAUGUGGUGAAUUGCAUUCAUUAAUGGACUAAUUUUGCUUAUUCAUCUAAUUCUACUAGAUCAGUUUCUCAUAUUGACUAGUUUGGGCUUUAAAAUUUCUUUUGAAGCCAACCUAGUCAUUUAUAUUUUCUCAGAAUUUCACCCCUAUUUUCUGGAACACAUUUUUCUCAUAAUUUUUUACAUAUCCCCUGUUGUUUAUUUGCAUGCUUUCUCCUUUUCCUUUCAGUCUGACUUGCUAAAUAUUUGUCUAUUUUAUUAACCUUUUCUUAGAAUAGCUUUUGGGUUGUUUAUUGGUCAAAUCUAAUUUUUCCUGAUUCAUCAGUGUAUGCUUCUUUGAAAUAAGUUCAUUCCUUCUGCCAUAUUUGUGUUUUCCUGGCUUUUUGAUAUGCAGUGUUCUCAUUUUGUUAAUGUCUAAAUAGUUUCUGAUUUGCUUCCUCCCUCCCCCCACCCUUAAACCCAAGAGUAAUUUUACCAAAGUACAAAGUAUCAUCCUGUAGAUAACUUGCUGGUUAUAAGGACCUCACUUUGCAAUGGAGGGGUCAGAUUGUCUCCACCUGAACCCACUGAUCAAAUUUAGCAUCUCUAAAAAUGGUCAAUUUGACUUGUUGUGGUUCAUGACAAGAUGUAAUGUGGAGCGCCCAGCACUGCUUAGAACUAUUUCUAACAACACUUUUCAACUUGAAGCUAAUCAAGCCCUUAGAUCAAACUUCUUACUAAUGUGGUAGUUAGUGAACAACUUAAAUGGUGCUACAAGGAGACAAACAGAGAUUGUCCAUCAUUCUAUGACCUGGUCUCUUCACAAGUUAAUUACCAACUCACCUUGUCUCUUUUCACAAGUUAAUUGCAUGAAAAAAUAUGGAAUUUUUCACUUUGUGGGAUUUUGCUUUCCUUUUUGCAUUGGAGUGAGCUGGGGGAUUGUUCAAAAUUAAAAGGGACUUAAGAGGCAUAUCAACCAAAUGCUAUGUGUGGGCCUGGUUUGAACAAAGUAACUGUAAAAAGACAUUUGGGGGAUAAUUAGAGAACUCUGAAUAUGACUGGAUAUUAAACGAUACUAUGAAAUUGUUAUCUUGUUAGGGGUCAAAAUGGUAUUGGGGUUAUGUAAAAAAGUAACUUUUUAGAGAUGCAUACUGACAUAUUUAGAGGUGAAGCGUUGCAGUAUCUGGGGAUUGUUUUAAAAUACUACAGGAAUCUGGCAAAUGUGAAAAGUUAUUAUAUCCAGAUGAUCGGUAUAGUGAAGUUUGUUUUCUCUACUUUUAUGUAUGCUUGCAAAUUUUUCAUAAUAAAAA